AUGGGUAUGCUGUGUGACCUAAUUUCAAACUUGAAUCAUCUUGAUGCUUUCAACACAUCAGACACUCUAAAUGGAUGCCUGUGCAGUGUGGUAUUGCACUCAGGAUACAAUGGCUUGGUAAAAUGUAGAAGGGUUGGAUGUGAGACUCAACAGUACCACCUACAAUGUGUUGCAUUGGAGAUAGCCCCACGAAAUUGGGUAUGCGAAGCCUUAGAGGAUCAGAGUGAUCAUGUUGAUGAUGUCAUAUUGCCAUAUAUAGGCAUGUGCCUGAUUACGUAG